AAAAUUAAUUAAAAGACUAAUUAGUAAAUUUUUAUACCUCAUAAAUACAAGCUGCCCAGAAAUGUUUGCUUGCGGUCAAACCUUUGUGUUCACUGUGAUCAAUAAAGGUGAUCACUGUCAGGAUUCUCUGCAAUUUGCAGGGAGAUCACUCGAGAAUGAUAAGGAUCAGGAUUUUCCUGCUAAAAGGAAUAUUGGAUGACUAGGAUUCUGUCUACAUCCCAGACAGCUACUGGUUAGCUUGCUCUUUUUCAUUAAAGCUUGGUAGCAUUUUUGGCUUGUGGACGAACUGGCCACCCAACAAAAAUAGAAACUACAUUAUUCUCUCCAAGGUCUUAAAACAAGAAGAGGAAGGAGCAGCAGACAGAGGAGUUUAGGAUUUUUCUUGCAGGUAACAAAAACUCUUCAAGCAAAUCUACAAAACAGAAGGCUCUUGUAGUUGCCAAAGUCAGCCUGCCCUUAAUCUUGGCCAGUCAUGGAUUUCACUGAAGGAUCAGAUGCACCUCGUUUUUUCAAAUAUAUUCAUGAAAAUACCAUCCGUGAGGAAAAACUUAUGGUUCCACAGAAGUUUGUUAGCAGACAUGGAAAUUGUCUGUCGAGUCGAGUAACCCUCGAGGUCCCGAGUGGUGCCAAUUGGGAAGUUGAGCUGUUGAACAAUGAUGGAGAAAUUUGGUUAGGUGAGGGCUGGAAAGAAUUUUCACAGCAUUACUCUCUUGAGCAUGGCUACAUGAUAUUUUUCAAAUAUGUUGAAUUUUGUCGUUUCCAUGUGAUCAUAUGUGAUGGAAGUGGAUUAGAAAUAGAGUACCCAGAUACUCCUAGUGAUGAUUUUGAAGUUCUGGAGCUUGACAUGGAAGAAGAAAGACAAGAACAAGAACAAGAACAAGAAGGAAAAUCUGGCAUUCAAUUGCUGCAACAAAGUUGCAAUAGCGAGCAAGCUUUAAAGGCUUCAUCUUCCAUUAUUUAUCCAGCAAUUGAAGCAUCUAACAACUGCAUUUCACAGUACCCAUCCUUUAAGAAAAUUCUGCAGCCAGACCAUCUGGAGCAUUGGAAUAUGAAUAUACCAUUCAGUUUUGUCCAAAAACAUUUGGAGAGCAAAACACAGACUGUAAAGCUUCAAAUUGCAGACAGAGCAUGGCCUGUGAAGUUAAUGUUCCAUCCAAGCAGCAACAUGAGUUGUCUGUGCGAAGGUUUCUGCGAAUUUGCAAGAGAAAAUUCUCUGGCUGUGGGAGAUGUUUGUGUGUUUGAACUCAUCAAGAGAAAUGUGUUGAAAGUUUCAUUUCUCAAACCUAGCAGUUGGAUGGAUAGGAAAAUGGUUCUGUAACUGAAACUUCAAACUUUUCUUAAUUAUCAGUAAGCCGUUUAGUUAUUGUCAGGGAAAGACAUGGAUUGAGCUUGUUAUGCUUUUAGUUCUGUUGUUUGUCUUGUAAAUUCUUGUGUCCAAUUAUAUGGAUUGAGAUCAAUCUUUACUAUAGGUUGAUGGGUUGCAACUAGUGGUUUAAAUACUGUACUAGCCAUUAUAUGAUUAAAUCAAGAAUCGGAUCGAUAUUUUUUCUUUUU